AAACGUACGGUGGCUAUUUAACCACGAAUCAAUUCCGUAGCAUUGCCGAUGAAGACGUUCAACUUGGUCGUACGCACAUCAAAAUAUAGAGACACGACCACAACGAUGAACCACUUCAGAGUAUUCACCGCACUAGCGGCAUUCUGCGCUUGCGGCGCACUGGCCGCGCCGGCAGGACAACAACACACGGUCGUGCCGAUCCUGAAACAGGUGAACCGACAGAACGAGGACGGUUCGUACAGUUACGGAUACGAGAACGCCGACGGCACGUACAAGAUCGAGACCAAGUACCCGUCGGGGGAGGUGUACGGCAAGUACGGUUACGUGGACGAGACCGGCAAACUUCGGACCGUCGAGUACGGCGCGUCGGCCCGCGGCUUCGAGCCGGUCGGCACGGACAUCACCGUGCCACCACCUGUUCUGGGCGUCGACUCCAACGACCUGCACAGGGACCAGUCGUCGCGGUCGCAGGACGACUACGACGACGGACAGUACCGCGAGGACCCGAGCGUGUACUACAAGACGUCGUCGUCCUCGUCGUCGUCGGACGGCCACCACCAGCAGCAGCUGAGCCACCACCAGCAACAGCAACAGCACCAUCAGCAGCAACUUCAGCACCAGCAGCAGCAACAGCAACAGCAACUGCGAUCCCUGCAGCAACAGGCUCCCGUGGCCGCCAGGCAACAGCAGACGUGGUUCUCCGCCGGAACGCAGCAGAAGAUCCGGUCCAACGACCCCGACCAGUUCCAGUCCCAUCCGGCCGUGCACAACUUCGAUCCCGCUACCGGAUCGUUCUCCAUCUCGUACACGGGAAAGUGACCGGGCGAUAACCGUCCAAUAUAGAGUAUCAUAAUAUUGUACUCGUUAUUUUUUUGUACGAUUUUUCCCCUUUACUAUUAUACUAUAAUAUAUUGUAA